AUGCAUCAUCGAGAACUGCCCUCCGAACCUCUCAAUCGUCGCCGACCGGGCCAAUCGUCCAUCACGACCCCCCGCGACGAGAAGGACCGGGUGACGAUCCACUCCGGCACCGAGAACGGCCGGACGCUGGGCACCCCCCUGCUCCUGACCGUGCCCAACGAGGACCAGCGGCCGAAGGACUACGGCGACAAGACGAUAGACCUCUACCCCCGACCCUCCCACGCCGACUGGACGUACCUGGAGAAGUACGGCGUCAAGGCCUCGUCCGGUGGCGGUCGCAGCAGCGCGCGGGAGACCAUCGCUCGUGUGGCCGCCGGCGCCGUGGCCGAGAAGUGGCUCCGUGAGACGUACGGCGUCGAGAUCGUGGCCUUCGUCUCGUCCGUCGGCAACAUCCGCCUCUUCGAGCGCUCCGCCGCCGAUGGCGAGUCCAGCCUCAGCUCCGACCCCACCUUCCUCGACCUGGUAGACGGGCUCACCCGCGCCAGGGUAGACGACUUCCUCCCCGUGCGCUGCCCGGACGCCGACGUCGCCGCCCGCAUGGAGUCGCGCAUCGCCGAGCUCCGCGACGCCCACGACUCCACCGGCGGCACCGUCACCUGCAUCGUCCGCAACGCUCCCCCCGGCCUCGGCGAGCCCUGCUUCGACAAGCUGGAGGCCAAGCUCGCCCACGCCAUGAUGAGCAUCCCCGCCGUCAAGGCCUUCGAGAUAGGCUCCGGCUUCGCCGGCGCCGAGAUGCGUGGCUCCGACCACAACGACCCCUUCUUCUCCGCUCCCGCCCCCGCCGCGGACGCCGCCGCUGGCGCGACCCCCUUCAUCCCCGCCUCCCGCCUGAAGACGAGGACCAACCACUCCGGCGGCGUCCAGGGCGGCAUCUCCAACGGAAUGCCCGUCUUCUUCCGACUAGCUUUCAAGCCCCCCGCCACCAUCAGCCGGGACCAGACUACCGCCCGCUACGACGCCGGUGGCGAGGGCGUCCUCGCCGCCAAGGGCCGUCACGACCCCUGCGUCGUGCCCCGUGCUGUCCCCAUCGUCGAGGCCAUGGCUGCCCUGACGAUUGCUGAUGCUCUCAUGGCUCAGCAUGCUCGACAGGUGUCUAUGCGUAUGACCGGUGGUCCUCAGUGA